UUUCAUAAAAGCAUAAGUAGAAGCAUUUUCAUAUGUUGAAAAGGUCGACUUGUUUUUGGUGUGCGUGGAAAAAUGGGAGAAGAUGUAUUUACAGAAAUGCAUCAUUUUCCCCCAGUGGAAAGGAAGAAAAUCAAAAUCCACAUAAAUGGGAAUCUCAUUAUGCUGAAAGUUUCUUUAUUUUUUCUAUAUGGAGCUACUUCCUCCCUGAUGCCCUAUCUGACAAUCCAUAUGCAGAGUAUAGGAAUAAAAAUGGAGGAAAUAGCACUCAUAUACUUGGCUCUGCCUUUCACCACUUUCUUGGCUCCACCCGUGACGGGGUAUCUGGUAGAUAAAUUCGGGAAAUACAAGUCGGUAGUUAUCGUCUCAUUUAUGGCAACUGCUUUCCUUCACCAUUCCUUGUUGUUGAUUCCUCAUCAAGAGACACCUGGAUCAGUACCUUCAGGUUACGUUAUAACACAUCCGAAAAAAUUAUACGUUGAAGUUUGGUGGAGUCCCUGCCCCAGUAGAGAGUGUCCAGCUGAAGAAGAACUCGACGUAGUUUUGGACAUGUGCGUUGAUCAUUGCUUACUUAAGAAAAAAAAGAAAAAGAAUGAAACAAUAACGUUAAAUGGAGAUACAGAUACGGACGACUUAACCUUCCACUUAGCCAAGAAGAAUAGUAAUGGAACGAUCAAAGGGAAUGGUACUGUGGCGCAGUUCACCUUGGAUAUGCACGAAAAUCUUGGAGAUCCAAUCGAACAGUUCGGCAUGUAUUUGGAUUCUUCAGAAGACGACAAGGUGAUGGAACUCAAGAAAAGAUUCACCCCAAAUUUACUGAGGAGAUUUGGUGUAAAUGUACCAGAGUUAGAUGAGAGGGAUCUACGAUGCGGUGGUGUUGUUUUAUCUGCAAACGUCAGCACUCAAGUGAGGUUGAAGAAUUAUUCCAAUGACUGUAUAUUGCAAAAAUGUAACUUCAGGUCAGGGGGACCUGACGUUUGCCCUCCAGAAUUCAAUAAGAGUGAGCCUAAUAUUUUCUGGAUUUAUUUUAUAUUGAGAUUCAUGGCAAACACUAUGAUGACGGCUGGUGUAACAAUCAUGGAUCCUAUAGCUUUGAAUAUGAUCGAAAGAUAUGGUGGAGAUUUUGGCAAAGAGAAAUUAUUUUCGAGUCUAGGAAUGGCUCUAUUUUCGCCUAUCACAGGAAUUCUAAUAGAUAUAAACAGUGAAAAACUUGGUUACACAGAUUAUUCGCCAGCUUUUUACGCACACGAUGCCCUGCUGAUGAUUUCAGCUACAGCAGUUUUCUUGAUGCCUCUAGGAGAUCAACUCCCAGCCGAUAACGUAUUUAAGAAUCUCAGAUUCGUUUUAACCAUACCAUCUAUUGCUAUGUUCAUCAUAGCACUUUGCAUCUUGGGAAACCUGUGGGGUUUCAUCGAAAGUUUUCUCUUUUUCUAUCUGAGAGAUCUUGGUGCCCCCAAUUAUCUUUUAGGAAUAACUGUUACAGUUGGAACAUUGAGCAGUUUACCAUUUCUGUACGGCGCAAAUAGAAUCACGAAGAGGGUUGGACAUAUAAAUAUAGUUAUCAUGGCUUUCUUCGCACAUGCUUUGAGACUUGUAGGAUAUUCAGUUAUUGAGAGCGCUUGGUGGUGUUUUCCUUUUGAGGCUCUUGAAUCCAUAUCAGUACACUUGAUGUGGGUUGCAGCUGCUACGUAUUGUGCCAUAAUUGCUCCCAAAAAUCUCUUAGCGACUUUGAUUGGAAUUCUGGGUAUGGCUCAUUUCAGUAUAGGCAGAGGCAGUGGUAGUUUUUUGGGGGGUUAUAUAAUUGGAAAAGUUGGUAUUCGUCAAGCAUUCCAACUAAUGGGACUUAUGUCGGUUGUUUGUGGAGUACUCUAUGUAAUAGUUCAUUACGUGUGUCUCGCAAAAAUUGAAUUCGAUACCGAUAGGGACGAUGAAGAAAAAAACGGAGAAAUGAGUAAGAUUAACACUGAAACUUCCGAACCGAAAUUCAAAGAUCAAAGCACAAUGGUCAGUCAUGAACGAUUGAGUUUGAUGAUUGAGUAUAAUCAAAUAGGUUCCGUUUCGUCCCUUGGCAAAAGCAGAGAAUAUAGCCUGGGUAUUGAGAAGAACAGUUUUCGAAGAGGAAGUUACACUGUCGACACCAGAGCACGCGGCAGUGCAUCUAAAGUGGAUUUAUUACGGUCUGCAGUUGAGAUCAACAUGAAGAAGUCAUCUAGUAAAAACUUAAGUCGUCACACAGUUAUCACUAAUAGUACCAAGGUUAUACCAGAAGGAAUACCAGUGCCAGUAGAUGAUACAACGGAAUUUUACUACAAUAGAAUAAAGAGCCCUUCAAUUAUAAUAAAUCAAGAUAUGGCCAGAAGCUGAACUCACACGUUUCAGAUCUAACUAACAUAUUUAAAUUUGGAAUGAUAUUGUGCAUUUUUCGAAAUAAACUAUAGGUUGUUAUCAUUCAAUAAAUAAAAGUAGGAAUCAU